AUGUCUACCACGCAAUUUCCUACUACACCGUCUCGCGAUCACUAUGAUGUGGUUAUCAUUGGAGGUGCUACAAGUGGCUCAUCUAUUGCCUGGCAUCUAGUAAACGACAAAAGCUUCAGCGGUUCGGUCUUGGUAAUCGAGCGAGACCCGUCACUUCAAUUCUCUGCCACAAAGGCUAGCAACAACUGUAUGCGACAACAGUUCGCUACAAAAAUCAAUGUGGAGAUCGCCCAGUACGCUGCUGGGUUUGUCAAGAAUUUCGGACUAGAGUUCGGAGAUGAUCCUUGCGUGCCGACCCCUCCGAUUCGCGAUUUCGGCUAUCUCUACCUCUCCGACUCGAAGAAAUUUACCGAAAUCCUUCGAGAGGACCAGCAGCUCCAGUCUAGUAUGGGUGCAGGAACACAGAUAUUAUCUGCAGAUGAUGUCAAGUGUCAGUACCCAUUCAUCUUCACAGAAGACCUUGACUCAGCAAGCUUGAACACCAAAGACGAGGGCUGCUUCAACGCCAUCGGUAUGGUCAAUUGGAUGCGAAUGUCUGCAGUCAAGGCUGGUGUUGAUUAUAUCAAUAAUGAGGUCGUUGAGAUGAUGACAAACGGAGACAAAACCGAGGGCAUCAAGCUCCGCAGUGGCGAUAGAAUCUCCGCCAAGAACGUCGUAAAUGCAGCGGGUACUUGUGCGGCUCAAGUUGCUAAGAUGGCUGGUAUCAAGGAUCUGCCGAUCGAAGCUCGGAGACGUUAUACUUAUAUCUUCUCGGUUGAUGAGCCUAUUCCUCAAGACCUCCCUCUGACCAUCGAUCCAACCGGAGUUCACGUCCGAUCAUAUGGCCCGAAGGAUUAUCUUGUUGGUUGCCCGCCCAUUGGACCAGACAUUGCAGUCGAUGUGGAUGAUUUAAGCUUUGCCGAAAAUGCCUGGGAGGAGAAAAUACUGCCAAUCAUCACGCGUCGCAUUCCUCAGUUCAAGACGGCGCGGGUAACAAAUGCUUGGAUGGGUCAUUAUGAAUUCAACACCUUCGACCACAAUGCUGUUAUCGGACCACAUAGUGUCAUGAAAAACUUCUAUUUCUGUGUUGGCUUCUCUGGUCAUGGAAGUCAGCAAGCUCCGGCUUGUGGCCGCGCUGUUGCCGAAUUAAUUGUGCAUGGUGCAUUCAAAAGUCUGGAUCUGGGUACUCUUUCGUAUUCACGUAUCCCGGAGGGUCGACCCCUAAUGGAGCGAGCUGUCAUUUGA